GAGGGUCAUAAACUUGUCCAUAAAUUAAAAUAUUAUGAUUUAGCUGCUCUUUCGUUUUGUGGAACAAUAGGCUCAGGUAUCACAAUAAUGGUAGGACUGGCAUUAUUUACUGGUGGACCUGCCACCUUACUUUUAACUUUUAUUUUUGGAGUGGUUACUCUAUACAUUGUACUCUCCUCUCUCUGUGAAAUGGCGACAUAUAUACCUUUACCAGAUGGAUUUGCUGGAUAUGCCUCUAGGUAUGUGGAGCCUGCAUUUGGUUUUGCAGUUGGGUAUACAUUUUUGUUUAAAUAUCUUAUUCUUGGACCAUCUCAGAUGAGCGCUGCCUCAUCUGCAAUUGGCUAUUGGGUUGAUAGAGAUACUGUUAAUCCAGCAGUUUGGAUUACAAUAAUAAUGAUCGCUGACAUUUCAACAAACUAUUUAGCCGUGAAUUCAUAUGCCAUAUUUAUUAGGUUUUUUGCUCUGUUUAAAAUAACUGUUAUUGUUGGAUUAACACUUUUUUCUUUGGUUUUGACAAUUGGAGGUAAUCCGGAACACAAAACAAUCGGUUUUCAGUUUUGGAAUGAUCCAGGUGCUUUUGCUCCAUACAAAACUCUUGAAGGAAGUAAUGGUAAAGCUGCUGCAUUUUUUGCAUCUUUUCAACCCUCUAUUUUUGCUUUAUUUGGCUUUGAGUUAUAUGGAAUUGCACUAGGCGAAACAGAAUCUCCAAUAAGGAAAAAUAUUUAUAGAGCUCACAAUCUUAUAUUUUGGACAAUUGGACCAGUUUAUAUUUUUUUGGUUUUGUUUUUGGGAAUGAUUCUUUCAUAUGAUGAUCCCAAUCUUUAUACUUCAAUUGUUUCCUUUCGGUCUUCUGCUGCUUCUUCUCCUUUUGUGGUUGCGAUUAGAAACGCCGGUAUUCCAGUUCUUCCUCAUAUAAUUAAUGCUUGUAUAUUAAUUUUUGUUUUUACAUCUUCUAAUACGGAAUUAUAUGUUGCUAUAAGGGCGCUCUAUGGGCUAGCGGUUAAUGGAAUGGCACCUAAGGUUUUUUCUCAAACAAACAAGAAGGGUAUUCCUUAUAAUGCUCUUGGGUUUUGUGGCAUGUUUUAUGUUCUUGGUUAUAUGAACUCAACUGAAUCAUCAAAAAAGAUUUAUCAAUAUUUUGUAAAUGUGGUAACUGUUUUUGUAUUGUUGAAUUAUGCUGGCAUUUUGAUAUGUCAUCUUCGAUUUGUUAAAGCAGUAAAAGUGCAGGGUAUUGAAAGAAAAACAGAAAUGUAUUAUACUGCUUUUGGCUCUCCAUAUUCAUCGUAUUUUGCUCUUUCUUUUAUUAUCAUUUUAUUGUUUUUGAAAAACUACUCUGUUUUCUUGGAUUAUGGUCUUGGAUCUCGAUUUGAUUAUCAAACUUUUAUCAGUGCUUACAUUGGCAUUCCAAUAUUUUUUAUUUUAUAUUUUGGAUAUAAGUAUUUUUUCAAAUCUAAGAUUAUAUCUUUUGAAGAAAUGGAUUUAUAUUCUUAUAAAGAUGUGAUUGAUGCUGAGGAAGAG